GUACGAGACGGAGUACGGCCUCCGGCAGAACGUGGAGGCUGACAUCAACAGCUUGCGACCCUUGUUGGAUAAUCUGACUCUGAGCAGGUCUGACCUGGAAAUGCAAUUUGAGUCUCUAAGGGAGGAGAUGAUUGACCUGAAGAAGAACCAUGAGGAGGAAAUGAAAUCGCUGCAAUCACAGUCCAGUGGGGAUGUGAAUGUGGAGGUGAAUGCUGCUCCAGGAGAGGAUCUGCUGAAAAAGCUGAAUGAUAUGAGACAAGAAUAUGAACAUAUUAUUCAGAGAAACCGUGAAGAGGUUGAAAGGUGGUACGAGAGCAAGCUGGAAGAAGUGAGUCAACAAGUCCACUCAAGUGGCCAGGAAGUGGAAUCAAGCAACCGACAGAUCUCUGAGCUGAGACGUGACUACCAGAGCCUGGAAAUUGAGCUGCAGUCACAAAUCAGCAUGUUACAGUCUCUGCAAUCCAACUUGGAAGACACAGAACGUCGCUAUAACAUGCAGCUGCAGCAGAUCCAGGGUAUGAUCGGCCCCUUGGAGGAGGAGCUGGCCAGCAUCUGCUGUGAGAUGGAGAGUCAGAACCAGGAGUACAAGAUGCUCCUGGGCAUCAAGACCCGCCUGGAACAGGAGAUUGCUCAGUACCGGGCGCUGCUGCAGGAGGGACAGCAGGACAUUGGCAUCUCACAGGGAGGAGCUGGUGGUGGAUCUUCAGGAGGAGGAGGUCAUGGAGGAACUAUCUGGCCUUCUGGAAGAGGAAGUAGUGGAGGAGGAAGUAGUUGGUCCUCAGGUGGAGGAAGCGAUGGAGGAAGAACUGGAGGAUCCUAUGGAAGAAGUUCCUCUUCUGGAAGUGGGGGAGGAGGGAGCGGAGGAAGCACAGGAGGCAGAGGCUGUGGUAAUACUUCAGGUGGAGGAGGUGGCAGUGGUAGAGGAGGAGGGGGCAAAUGUUGCCUCUCCCGCUCUUCAUCUUCCCAGUUCCAUUCUGACAACUCUUGUGAAAGCCAAGGAGGUGCUGAAAACAUGAGGCUCUGCCUGGAAGGGAAUAAAACAUUGGAGAGAGGAGCAACAAUGGAGGAAGUGUCUGAAGCCAUAAAAACGAUGAGAUUGGGGAGUUUUAGGAAGUCUGAGGAUUGA